GUAACGUAACGAUGCAUGACGUCGUGACGUCGCGACGUCGACUCCAAACAAAUUUGCGCGGGUUCUGUACUGCUAUGGACGGUUGUCAUUUGGCCAGAAGUGUAUCAAUCUAUAAUUAAAAGUUUUACAAGGACAGCAACAAACAACGACGACAUGUCGAAGAGAGAAGCGUUUUUAGCGGCGACCUACAAAGAAAAUGUGGAGGAUUUCCUUCGGUUUAUUCAACUUCACAAGAACAAAGCUGAUCCCUUUGACGUGGAGGAGGUGGUGCAGGAGAUGCCCAGAGACCAGAAGGAGGCUCUGUGGGGAAAACUGUGUCUGUUCCUUCAGGAUGUUCUGCAGAAACUUCCUCCUGAGUGCUGGGAGGAGAGCAACCAGGCCAGGGUGGAGGAUGGCAUGGAUGUGGAGUCAUCUGCAGACCCUGAACAUGUGAUGGCUGUGGUGGACGGUGUCACGCUGGUAGCUUUAGUGUCGUUGACCAUCUUACAGGACGGAGACACCUACGAUGGCCUUCUGGACAUGGUCCACACACUGCAUGAUGUUCUGCUGUCUCUGCCCGUCUCUGAGACUCCGCUGCCUCUGCUGCUUCACAUCCACACACUGUGCGAGGCCUGGUGGAAGAAGGAGCUGGACCACAGAGAGAAGUUUGGUCGUACUGCUUUUCUCAUCUCUCUGCGGAAGAGCUUCCUGUUGAAGAAACCGGGUGCAGAGAUUCAAAGAGUCUGGAGUCUCCACGACGUGCUGCUAAGUCUGGACUACACUUCAGAAGAAAACAAGGAAGUUCUGGACCUACUGCUUCAGUGUUUCCACCGUCCAGUUUACAUCAGGAACGAUGAUUGAAAGAGGUUCCUGGUUUUCCUCUUCAGCUGGAAUGUCAACUUCAUAUGGGUCAUUCAUGGAACCAUCAAGAACCAGCUGGAGUUUUAUAACAGUUCGUUGAUGACCCAUAUCACAGAGAUCUACUUCAGAGCGUGGAAGAAGGCUGACGGUGAGUUUCUGGAGCAGAUGGAAAGCUCGUGCAUUCAGGACUUCAUGCAGUGUGCCAUCUUCCUGCACAGAUCCUCUCCAGUCUACGCCAAAGUGCGACAGAUCGUGAGCUAUUUCCACUCCAGGAAAAGCUGCCCCAGAGUGGAGAAGAUGCUGGAUGGCCUCUACAAACCCAUUCUCUGGAAGUCCUUAUUUGUUCCCAACUCUGAGGUACGAGCAAACGCCACUUUGCUCUUGGCCGACGCCUUUCCAAUCCAUGACCCGGCCCAAGGCAGUGAGAACAUAGAUGUGAAGAUUCAGAAGCAGCUGGACACAGUGAUGCGCCUUCUCGAUGAUCCUUAUCCCGUCGUGCGCUCCAACGCUGUUCUUGGCGUCUGUAAAAUUCUGGCUAAGUGCUGGGAGCUCCUUCCUCCUGCAAUCAUCACCGGCUUCCUGAAGAAGCUGAUCACAGAGCUGUCCUGUGACAUCAGCUCCCCUGACGUCCGUUGUUCUGUCUUCAAGUGUCUGACCAUCAUCCUGGACAAUGCUCUCAGCCAUCCACUUCUGGAGAAACUCCUGCCCACCCUCAAAUACAGUCUUCACGAUAACUCCGAGAAAGUUCGCACAGCUUUCCUUGACAUGCUCAUCAAAGUCAAGGCCACACGUGCUGCCAAGUUCUGGGACAUUUGCCACAUGGACCACCUCCUUGCCCGCCUGGCAGUGGAUUCUCCGUCAGUCUCCAAACGCAUCACUGAACUUCUCUUCAAGUCCUUCUUCCCUGUCAACGAGUCGGAGAGAGAGUGGUGCAGUCGCUGCAUCACCCUCAUCCAGAUGAACGCUCUGGCAGCACGAAGGUUCUAUCAGGGCGCCCACAAACACACGGCCCCCACUAACAUCAUCAAGAUGAUGUUGGCCAUUCGCCGCAUCCUGAACAGCUGCAUCCAGACUGACUGUGACAUGAGUGACAUCAACGAGGGCAACAAGGAGAACAGUGAGCAGGCGGCGCCUGUUGAGUUGGGUAAAGACGUGGCUCUCGUGUCUGGUCUGCUGGAGAUGGUGGUCAUCCUGUGGAAGAGUGUGGAGAAGGCUCUGAAACAAAAUGAAGAAGCUCAGAAGUACACCGUGGCCAAGUUUGGCAGUGUUCUGUCCAAAUAUUUCCAGACCUUCGAGGAUGAGCGUUGUACUGUUCCACUCAUACAACUGGCCUCCUUCAUGCCUCCUGCUGCAGUUCCAACAUUCAGCUGUGGGCUCUUGUCCAGGCUGAGGCGUCUGGAGCCAACAGCCGUGCAAGCUCAGUACGGCCAGCUGUUGGACUGUCUCUGUAGCUGGGGUCAGGCAGCUGACAUCCUCGAGGUCAUCACCGAAUGGCUGACUGAAGCUCCUCCCAAACAGGGGCAGAGUGCUGCCCCCGGCCGUAAGAUGGUGCGAAUACAGGAGACAGUGGAGGCCAAACCAGAGCUGGCACUGGUUUACCUGGACUAUCUGUUUAACCACUCCUCAACACGGGACACAGUUCUGUCCGUGGGUGAAAAGUCACUGAAACAGCUCCACACUGUCCUGGGCAACUGGAAGUCCGUGCUUUACACCCACCUGAACUCCACCCCACAGGAUCCUACAGCCCCCAGUGUGGAGACGGCACUGCAGGCCUUCCUGCUGCACGGCCGUCUGGGUGCACAUCUGCAACAUCAGGCCUCCGAGGGUCGUGACUACCUCUUCUCUCUGGAGCACAUAGCAGUUUGGGUGGCUGACAGGGUUUUGCCCUUCCUGAACGAGGGCAGCAACGACGAGGAUGAAAAUUCAGCAGCGUCUCUGCUGCUGCCUGUGCAGAUUAUUGAGGUUUUCCUAGCUGUGUGCCGAGAUGUUUUGCUUGUGGGUUUGGGAGAUGACAAUUUCAAAAGUCAAGUCCUUCACCUGUGCUCGCUCAUCCUCCUGUCAGAGGCUGGUUACCUGGGCAUCCCUGCAGUUCUUCCUGUCUUGAAAGAAAUAGCAGACAGCUUUGUUCCUGAUGAUGAAAACAGAAAUAAAAAGAAGUAUCUGGAGGAACCAGAGGACGAGACCACCAUCAUUCUGGGCGUGGUGGUCAACAUCUUCCACAAGGUUAUAGAGAUCUUAGCUCGGCGCAUUAAGAAGGAACCAGAGCUGGGGAAACAGCUGUGUCUGUCAGCUGUUCCUGGUCUUACGGACUUCUUCCAAGUGGCUCAGACCUGGAAAAGAGCUCCACUCAGUGGUGUCUUUUCAACAAUAUUUGCCAUCAUGGUUGUGGAGAACAACCAUGUGCUUCAGAAGAUGAGACAUCCUGAAGAAGUGAUCACACCACAGUCAGUGGAGGACAUGCCUCCACUCUCCAGCAUCCUGCUCUCCAUUAUCAUCAAAUCUCAAACAGUUAGCAGAGCAUUUUUGAGGGAAGUUGAGUCGUCUCUGGAGUCUGACGCCAUCAGCUGUCUGCUGGAACUGGCUGCAGUUCUGCGUGUAUUGGCUGUCAUCAAACACUCUGGAGUCUCUACUGGGGCUUUGAAGAGUUCAGCCGUUUGUGUCCAGCAGCAGCUUCAGACACACACAGCUACAGCUUUAGGCAGCACUGACGUCCUGGGGGUGAUUUUUGACUCGUCUAUGAAGACGGUGAAUCAAAUUCUGUCUCCAUAAACAAGCUUAAAAAAAUUGAUGAAAAAAGGGAGUAAAACAUCAGCUUGUCUGCUACUGUCAUGGACUCUGUGACAAUAUGUGAAUAUGUCAGUUUAUCAUUCAGGUCAUAAUCAAAGCAGCUGUGAAAUAGCUGUUUAUUUGUUCCAUCUUUUAAAAACAUUGUACGUAUAUAUAAAUAUAUAUCAACUACAUAAAACCUAUUUUUGAUACCACUGCUUCCAUUGUAGGCUGUAUUGUGAUGUUGAUGGGAAUAAAAGUGUGUAUCACUCA